AUGUCAAAAGAUGAAGAAAAAAAUAAUAGAAUUGAUGUUCUUGAAAAAGAACAAGAAAUUCUAAAAAAGAAGAUUGAUGAAUUAAAACAAAAGGAAAAUGAUACUUUUUUCGAUUAUCGAAAUUUCACAAAAGAUAAUAAAAAAUUUAAUUUUCAUCAUGUGAUUGAUAAGAAUAAUUAUUACGUUUUUAAAUUCAUCAAAGAAGAAUUAGGUAUCAAUAUGGUAAUUUAUAAUUAUGAUGAACAAAUUAAAUUAGAGCAUAUUUUCAAACUAGGAUUUUCUUUUUCUUUUAUUAGUAAUGAUGAUACUUCUUUUUUGAUUCAAGAUAAUUAUAUUUCAUUAAAUAGCGAUAUUAAAGUAGCAAAAAUUUACUAUGAGAAAAAUGUUAUCUUUGAAGAUGUUGCUGAUGAAAUUAUUGAAACAUUGAGUAAAAGAUCCAAAACUAUGAAUUAUUUCGAACGUGAAAAUUUUUAUAAACUUUUAAACAAUUCAUUAAAAAGACAACAAACAUGUGAUUGUAGUCAUAAGACAAAAAUUAACAAACAUCAAAGAUUGUGGAAAAUCUUAACUUCUUAA